CGCRAGAUCUUGUACAUUCCAAGCGUGAUAUGGUGACUGAAAUCCUUCUGUCGCAAGCCGCAAGAACCAUAAAAUAGGUAUACAUUUUUAAAAUCAAUGAACUGAACUCCGACACCUUUUCAAAUUAUCUUCGCCCAUCCUUUUUCUGAAUUUAUCAGUAUUGUUAGUAGGUUCGAGUGCUUAGAGCUCAUGAGAGUUGUGUUUACUACAAACCUGAAGUCUUUUCUUUGUAUUGGAUUAGAAAUAUUUUAAGAAAAGGAGAAAUAUUGGUUGUCAAUAAGUGGUAAAGGUAGGUCAAUUGUCAGUUCAACUGGAAGAGAACGACUCGCAGAGGCAAAAUAGCACAAAUUGCUUAACUGGUGUACAGUUCCACGACGACCAAUCASAAGCCUCGUUAUAUUAGCGAUAAGUGGAGAUCUCUUAUUGUCAUCGUAUCCUAGGAUACUGUAAAUACAAACGCCUUCUCUCAGUUAAAAAAUAGUCUUAUGAAACCACUAAAUGGGGAACAAUAGAAAGUCCAUUGAUAAUCUCAGAAUGCAAUUUUGAACAGAGAAAAAUUAACCAAGUAAAGACUCCAUCGACGUCCACGCACACUUGCGUUCAAUCAUACAAGCCGCCGAUACUUCAAAGCUGAUCUCCCCGAUCUCGUUUCCAAUUUAGUCAAUUUUGUGGGAACUUUUGGUCAGUUUGGCUACAAUGAUAUCCACUAACGAUUUGYGACCAAAACCAAACUUGCAACGAUGAGACUCAAAUUUACAUUUUGGUCAUCGAAAUAUUGAAUAAUUGUUCCGAGUACUGUUUGAUUUCAUAUGAAUACUUUCUCGGCACCUGGUUACAUGCGCUUGAAUUGAAAACAAAUCCUCGUCCCUGACACUCUGGAAUCAGAUCGUUUUAAAUCUAAAAGAAGUUACAUAAAUUAUACAGCUCCAGUAGAGAAGUUAAACCAGGCAUGUCUUUCCCAGCAAGAACGGGUGAUGAACAAGACAAAAUUUAUAUCAAUGUUGGAGGCAAACAUCAUGAAUCUUAUCUGUCUACACUUCGAAAUAUUCCCGAUACAAGGCUGGCAUGGAUGGCUGAGAGUUUGAUGGCGAAGAAAGAAGAUGGGGCCACGAGAAAGGAGUUGUUUUUUGAUAGACAUCCGGACUUGUUUGGAUUAAUUCUAAAUUACUAUCGCACGGGRAAGCUUCAUGCCCCAAGAGAUGUUUGUGGACCUUUAUUUCAAGAGGAGCUGCAGUUCUGGGGCAUCGAGGAGAAGGAAAUGGAAGCAUGYUGCUGGCCMAAUUAUACACAGCAUAGAGAGGCAGAGAAAAACUUAAAAGAGUUUGUGGGGCCUGAAUUCGAAGAGGAUGAGGGUGACGAAGAGGAAAAUACACGUGACAGACAAAACAGUUUCGGGAGCCUUGAAACAGGGCCUUCACUAUGGAAUCGACUGCAACGUCGAAUAUGGUCUGUUAUGGACGAUGCUUUCUCUUCWGUAAAAGCCAAGAUAUUUGCGAUGGUGUCACUUCUAAUGAUUCUAGUGUCUGUUGUCCUGAUGUGCACUGCUUCAUUGCCAGCCAUAAGGAACGACGAUACGAGAAGAAAAGCCUUCCAGCAAGUCGAGUACUUCUUCUGCGCUUGGUUCACUCUAGAGUUUGUCAUGCGUUUGAUAUUUUGUCCAAACAAGAUAGAAUUCUUUAARCAAGUAAUGACMUGGAUUGACAUUCUUUCUCUUGUGCCUUAUUACCGAAAAAUAUUUUGGUUYAAGUCRGAUCUGGACUUUUUACGGGCUAUAAGACUAAUUCGUCUAUUUCGAGCCUUUCGAUUUUUUACUUUUACAAGUGGUUUGCAGAUCAUUGUGCAAUCGYUGAAAGCAAGCUUCAGGGAAUUAAUGCUUUUAGCUAUCAUUCUUAUUAUUCCYAUUGUCGUCUUUUCGAGUAUUGUGUACGAGUUUGAAAAGACACARCAGCCAGUCAAGUUUAACAGCAUUCCRCAGACAUUUUGGUGGGCGGUCAUCACUAUGACAACGGUUGGCUAUGGUGACAUGUCACCAUUAACCCUGACUGGUCAAUUGAUGGGUAGCAUUUGUGCUAUCUGUGGGGUUUUAAUCAUUGGUCUCCCUGUGUCUGUCAUCGGAAAUAACUUUUCCACAUACUACGAGCAUGCGCAGGCCAGACUUAGYCUGCCAAAGAAAAAAAGACGGCUUAUUAUCGCUGAUAGACUAAAGCUAAUGCAGGGGCAGUCUAAUUCCAGUGCUGAGCGAAUUCAACAAGAACAGGACUCGGACAAAAACGCAGAAUCUGAUGACAGUGCAAUCGACGGAAUGCCGAAGAAUUUCCGAAGAUAUCAUCGUAGAUCUCGGAAUACGAUCUUCGCCCGAGGAGAUGUAUAUAUCGGAGAGAUUAAGAAGCCGAAAGUCCCAGGCUUAGAGACUCAAAUAGAAAAUCCUGGAGAUGAAAGAGUUAUUGAUGACAUGGAAAAAGGAGAAGGAAGUAAGGAACAAGACGUCAACUACAAUAAGAGUUUCAACUUAACAAACAACCCACACGAAAGUGAGGAGAUAGUCGAGGAGGCGAGGAACAAAAGCCUAGAUAUUAAUAACAGAAAACGAAAAUGUGGGGAUACAAAAUCAAUGAUUGAGUUAAAAUCUCUAGACCGACCACCGAAUCGUUCGGAUUCUCCUAGAGCGACCAGCGUUCGAUCAUUUAAGUCACGCAUUUCACCAACACCGCAAGAUAUUGACCCUGACGAAGGUAACGACAAACCUUCACGCAGGUUAAAUAAGUCACUGACAUUACCCCCCCUGACGGUGUUCACCCAUGCUAAAACAAAAAAAGAUGACGAAAGCGACUAUACGGGUGGGUCAAGCGAUAGYGUUCACUCAAAUAAAAACGGUUCAGCACAUCAUAAACCUUGCAAUAGGACGCGAAAUGGACAUCAGAAUGGCGAUGUACCGUUCGGCAGCUGAAUGAAAACGUCACGGAUUUUUACUAAAAUUAUCUUCGAAUAUGGUCGAACUAUGACCGAUAAGAAUUGUGGGAACUCACUUGAUUUGUGUUAUACCGACCGAGAAUCCCAUUAAAAGAGACUUUCCAAGAAUUGCACGAUUGAAAACGUUUUGAUAUCUUUAAAUUAUUAACUACUAGUUAAUAAUAUAUCUUGGGAAAACAAAUCUUAAAGCUCGAGCGUGAAAAAUAUUUAAGAAACUCCCAGAAUUCUUAUUGAUAUUCUUAAUGAUGUUUGACAUGUGAUUAUACUGUCACUAAAAAACUACCAGAAGCUAUUAUACCAUGUCAAGACGUGUUUACUGUAAGAGACACGAAUUUGCUGAAAACGUUGAAUAAUUUAUCUUUUAAUAWCAGGACUACGUUAAAGGAGUACUCUCAUUUCUGRCUGCCUCUCGUUUCUGAUUGGCUGAUGAACCACUAAAUGUGUUUUCAUACUGUGAACCUAAUUUAUGGUCACUGAGGAGAUGUACAACUAAUUAAUUAAUUGCGAAUAUCCGCGCAAUUUUGUCUCCAUCAAAACACUCGUGUUUAUAUGAGUACAUGUUUAAUAGAUCUAUUUUUUAAUGUACUUGCUGUGUGAUGCGAAAAACAAAAUGAAAAUUGCCUUUCAUCGCGAGCGUUAUACAAAAUGAAAUUGCCCAGCUGGCAGUUCAAAUACAACAAAYAUAUGAUAUCAAUUAAUGACAUAUUUAUGCUAAUUUGUUGUUUUAMCAGCUGCUGUAUACAAGACAAUAUUCCAAUGUAUUUUAAUGAUGUUCGGUGUCUUUGUAGCUCUGUUCAGCAUUGCCAACACUGAGGGCCAUUUCAUACAGUGGCAUGAUCAUAGAAGCUCAGAAAAACAAUAGACUUAGGAAUUAAAAGUGAAGUAGAACACAAAACUUAA